AUGGAGAUUGAAAAUAAAAGCAAUAAAUUGAUCUUUUAGUGUGAAGUGAUUCGUAAACAUUUACUAAUAGAUAAACAUUACUAAUUAUAGAUAUUUGAAAAUAAGAUAAUGAUUAGAGAGAAUGUAUAGUAUAUAAAAUUGAUAUUCUCAUAGUUAGAACAUCCAGCUAAGUAUGAAAUUGACCUGAGUGUAAAAAAUCAAUUAGAUUGGAAACAUAGUAAUGAUCACAAAAUAAAAGAGUUUGGGAUAAAGUAUUAUAAUAAAACAAAAUGGUUUACUGGUCAAUCUGCUCAGAUGCAUUAAAUGAAAACCUUUAUAUAAACAAAGAUUUUUAUGUCUGGAAUAUCAGGAUUUUACUCUUCUCAUGAUAUAAUAGGUUCAGGGGCAUCUUGUAAGGUAAUUCUUAUAAAGGAUUAUAUUACAAAUAAGCCUUAUGCUGCUAAAUGCAUUAGUAAAGAUUAUAUAAAGAAGAAGAGAACUUCAGACAGAUUUGAUAGGUUAGUAAAUGAAAUUGAAAUUUUAAGAACAUUGAAGUCUCAUUAAAACAUAAUUAAGCUUAAUGAGAUUUUUGAAGGAGAAAAUAGUUAUUAUUUAGUGUUUGAUUAUUUAGAUGGUGAAAACCUUCAUAAAUUCAUUAAAAAUCAAUCAUAUUAAAUACCUGAAAAUAAUGUUCGGACAAUUUUAUAAGUAUAUUUCUCUGAUUUAAUUUAGCAAUUAUUGUUAGGUAUUAGAAAAUGUCAUCAACAAAAUAUUAUUCAUAGAGAUAUGAAAUUAGAAAAUGUUAUGCUUUCUAAAGCUAAUUCUAUUGAUAAUAUUAAAAUCAUUGAUUUUGGUUUAGCUAUAUUUAAUACUCCUGAUUAAACAUUUGCUUUAUGUGGUACACCUGGGUAUAUUGCACCAGAAAUAUUAAACUAUGAAGAAAAUAAAUUUAAAACUGAGAAAUUCUCAUAUACACCAUAAAUCGAUAUGUUUGGUAUAGGUGUUAUGCUUUAUAGAAUGUAAAAUUAAUUAUAAAAUCCUUUAGAAUGACUAAAUAGCCACUUUUUACUGCUGAUUAAACAAAAGAAUUAAUUCAUAAAAACUAAAAAUGUAUUUAUGUCAAACAUACAAUUUCUUUAUAUAGCAAUAUUUUAAAUCAAAUUUUAUAUGGUUUAUUAGAAUUCAAUCCAAAAAAGAGACUCACAGCAGACUAAGCUUUAGAAUUACUUUAAACAUAAUAGUUCAAUUAAAUUACUUUGAGGAAUGAGUCUACCAGAAAUAUCCAUCUUCAUGAUGAAUUCUAAAUUCCUUUUUAUAAUGAUGUUAUUUAAGCUCCUUAUUUAUUUCCUAAUCGUAAAAUUAAAAAGGACUUUUACUUUCCACAUUCAUAUCAUCUGAAUGAAGAUAGAGUUAAUAAAUAUGGAAAAUCUUAUUUACCUUCUUUCAGCAUUAAACCUAGUUUAGAAUUUGGAAAACAUAGUUUAUUGGAUAAAUCUAUCCAAGUUCCUAAGGAUUUUAUUAUUGAAUAAUGA